AUGACGUUGAUAGUCGACCAACCCCCUCGUGCACCCCCCAUCAAGUAUACCGCUCAUUUAGGAACUCGCUGGCAGAAAGAAAAGGCUGCCGCAGGUCACGGCGCCUUCGAGUUUCCCGAAGAUCCGAGGUAUAUCGGUCAGUGGAUCAUCGGCGAGUGCGUCGGCAAAGGUGCAAGCGGUCGCGUCCGCAUCGCAAAGCACCGUCGUACCGGCCAACUCGCCGCAGUCAAAAUUCUUCCCCUUCAACCACUAGUCAACUCCCGUGCUUCCCUUGCCACACAGCAGGCAAAAUCAGAAAAGCAGCGGCUGGGUAUCGACAGAGAAAUCAUCAUGAUGAAGCUCAUGAACCACCCAAACAUCCUCCGUAUCUACGAUGUAUUUGAAGGCGAGAAGGAACUUUACCUCGUCCUCGAGUACGUAGAAGGUGGCGAGCUCUUUGACUUUCUUGUCAACCGCGGAAGGCUCCCUCCUCUAGAGGCUCUCUCCUUUUUCAAGCAAAUCGUCUAUGGACUUAACUAUGCUCACACUUUCUCUAUCAUUCAUCGUGAUCUUAAACCCGAAAAUAUCUUGAUUCACUCACUAAAACCGCCACUCAUUAAACUGGCCGAUUGGGGCAUGGCCGCCUUUGCCCCUCCUGCCCUACAGCUCGAGACUAGCUGUGGAAGUCCUCACUACGCAAGCCCGGAGAUUGUCAACGGUCUGAAAUACAGAGGCAAUGCCACCGAUAUCUGGAGCUGCGGCGUUAUCCUCUUCGCGUUACUUACCGGCAGGCUCCCAUUCGACGACAAGAAUGUCAGGAUUCUUCUUUCUAAAGUGAAGGCGGGCAAGUACGACAUUCCAGCCUACAUCGAUCCUCAGGCAAAAGACCUCUUAACUCGCAUGUUGGUAGUAGAUGUUAACCGUCGAAUUACGAUUCCCGAGAUAAUGGCUCACCCCUGGUUCAACAAACCAACUCCCGGGAUUGUCUAUGUUCCAGCUCCCUCUGUCGUUGAAUUAGCUCUUCCCCUCCCGUCAGCGGCCCGUAUCGACCCUGAUCUUUUGGAAUCUCUUCGCGUCAUCUGGGGAAGACAUGGCGACAUCGAAAUGAUCAAAGCCGACCUCUUGAGCUCACCAGGCGAAGGCACAUUGGCUAAGGCAUUCUAUUUCUUGUUGCAACACUACCGCGAGCAAACUUUGAAAGAUCAUGGCAUUAUUCUCGAUGUAGGCGAGACGCCUGUGUCUCCUGGCAUGAAGGUUAUUACAAAACAAUACAUGUCCCCCCCUCCAAAGAGAAGCGUCGAUGCAGAUGCGCAUUCUUUACGUCUGCAGAGUAUUCGGGAUGCGCCUCCCCCUCCGUCCCGCACACCAUCACCACAGCAACCUGCUUUACGAACCCGACCUCCGUCCCCGAUUGGACCCAGGCCACCUCGUGUCCGACCUAUGUCCUCUCCAGCCCGUGAGGUCCCCAUACGUCAUAAGAGCAUGAGAGUUGGCCAUACCAUCGCUGAUCCUGUGAAUGCCCACCCCGAGCCCCAAUACAGGACGCGUGCAUCAACCGUCUCCCUUCUCUAUCCUCGAGCGAAUCAGGACCAACACAGUUAUCACGCUCACAACCAGCAAAUGUUCCAGCCUCUGGCCGUUCCAAGCACACCGCCAAUGGGGUCUCCAAACUCAAUAGAAGUCGAUAUGCAGCCUGCGACGGGCUCUGAUCCGGAUUGGGUGAACGUUCUUUCUGCGUGGCACACUGUGGCGCAGGGGUACAAUCAAGAGCAGGCUUUCCAUUCUCCGACUCGAGGAUACAGUGAAACAUUUGUUAACCGUCAUGGAUAUGCCCCGUUGAAUGGCCCUAUGGUCGAUUAUGAGUAUGACCGAUUCUCCAGUGGAGCCAAUAAGGAGAAUCACGACCAUCAUAACUUCCGACAGCCUUACCGGGAGGGCGGCGAUAUCAUGCAGGCACGUGGUGGGCUGUUUGGUGGUAAGCUCAACGAGGGACGCGUUGGUCGCGAGUUGCGCAACAGUGUCUAUGGUGCUCGUGAGGUCAUGAAAGAAAAAGACAAAAAGGCACGACCCCCCGCGCUUGAUUUGCACCCACAAAUUCACCCAUCCAAGCGUUCCAUCCUCGGCUCGCCACUCCAGAUCCCCUCACCCGUCAUGCCCUCUAUCCUCGCCUCCCCUGUCGGCGAAGUCAAAGGCUGGUUUUCCAACCUCUUCAACUGGAAAGCACACACCUACGUGCUCUGUUCGACGGACACGUUGUACGCCACGCGCAACGAGGCCGUUCGCAUUCUCGAGCACUUUGGCGUCAUCGUCGGCCUUGAGGAGACGGAUGGGCACGGGAAACAAGUUCGGUUCCGUGUCGAGUUCUCCUCGUCAUCUUCGUCCUCGUCAUCUCCACGGUCCCCCACCCCUGCUAGUCCACGAUUACCCAUGUAUCAUGCUUCAGGACCGAUGUCGCCUACGUUUCGAUACGGGUUUGGGAAGCCGUCGUUAGGGAGCGGAUUCACCUGCGCGAUCCUGCUUGUGCAAGAGAAGGGGUCGUUGUCUAGUUUUAGGAUGGUGUGUAGGUGGCUGAGGGAGGAGUGGGCGUUGGAUGCUUUGCAGUCACCUGUUGCUGUAACUGGGGCGUUUACGGAGCGGCUUGCGGUGUGACGCGGCGAGACUUACACACUAUGUCACCCCCUGUCCUUAUUUGACGAGAAUAUCAGACGACUCGUAUA